GAUUUUCACAGCAUAUGACAUUGUAAUAAAAAAAUAACAUUAAAAAAAAACCUCGCAGUUUUUAUAUAGAAGUUAUCACUCAGUCCAUAUUUAAGUUGACGAUAUUCAGCAAACUAACACCGGAAAUUAAACACUUACAAAAUUUCCAAGAAUUCAACUCGAAGUUAUAAAUAAACACUCAAAAAUAACAAGUUAAACAAUAGAAUCUAUCAAAAACAACUUACGUUUCACCAAUGAUUAUGCACAAUUUUUAAAGAACAAUAAGGAACAGCAUAACCAAUGGUUAACAAAGUUUUACUCUGUCGUAUUAAUAAAUAAAAAGUCAAGAACUUAAGUUAUAUUGAGAAAUACUACGUAUUGUAUUGUAUUGCGAAAUAUAAAAAUGUCUUAGUUGUUAAAAAGUAGUUAAAUUUUUUUAUUCCGUGAUUUUUGGUUGAAAUGAAUGAAACAGAGCAUAAAAAUGAAACUAUAUGUAUAUUUGAACAACCAUACAAAGUAACGUUAAUUUUUCUUCUAAGCUCAACUUCUGUUGUAGCAAUUAUUGAAAAUGUUUUUUUUUUGUUUGCUGUUUACUUCAAUAAAAACCUUCACUCAAGAUCAAAUAUUUUAGUUGUAAGUUUAGCUGUUACAGAUAUAAUUAUAGCCGCUAUUUUGCCUAACCUUGAAUCCGCCUAUUUAUACUUUUAUCCAUCAUGGCCUAUUGGUAGUCUGGGAACGAGUGCUCUUAAUUUAAUAUGGGUUUUUUCACUUGUUUGCCCGUUCGUUACAGUAACAGCUAUAACGAUUGAACGUUAUGUUAUGAUUGCGGGAAAAUCAAGUUGGAAAGUCUUUUUCACAAAAAGAAUAUAUAUGGUGAUUGUUAUUUUUAUUUGGCUUUAUUCUUUCAUCUGUUGUUUAGUUACAGCUGUUACUAUGGAACCAGCACAUAAAAAUAAAUAUAUUUGGAACGUGAAUCAAACUCUUUACUAUAUUCUACUCGGCUUUCAUAUUAUAAUUCCUUUGUUGUUAUUACCUGGGCUUUAUUAUAAAAUGAAAAACGUUUCCCAAUAUUCUCUUAAAAAGCUAAUGAAAGAAAAAGAAAAUGACGUCAAUCUACACAGGCAAAGAAAAGAAAUGAAACUAGCAAAGACAAUUUUCAUUAUUAUAGGAGUCAUGUAUUUAGUAUGGUCCCCAGUAGUAAUUAUAGAAAUUUUGUAUAACCUUGAGUUUAAAGUGUGUGUUAUUUCAAAAAUUGGAGUGAUCAGUUUAUGGUUAACAUGCAUAAAUGGAUGUCUAAACCCUUUGGUUUACUCCUACAGAAAUGCAGAAGUAAAAAGGUUUGCAAAAAACGCAAUUAAACUUAUUGUAAGAUAUUCGUAAUAAUGAAAUAAAAAACCUAUUAAUUUUA